AAUCAGAGCUAAACUUAAAGAGGUUAUUUGGCUUACAGAUGUUCUGUGCAUUUUUCCUAAGUAGCAAAAAAGAAAAAAAAAGAGCACAUAUCUAGUAGCAAGACGAUAUUUGAAUUGAAAAGAACUAAUUUAUGUAUCAUAAUUAUUUACACCAUAAUAGAGGAAAUCUGUUUAACAUUUGUUAUUUUUUGUGUUUGAAAUUUUGCACACCCCAAAUGACAUUUUUAUUGUUAACAAAAAACCCAUAAACUUUAAAGCAUCUUCUUAAUUACAUUCAUCCAUACAUACAUUUUCUUAUAAGACUAGGAUAAUGAGUAACUUUAUGAAGAAGGCUGCCUCAGUUCUGGGAGUUGUUCUGGAGUUUCUAGAGCUGAUUGUGCUAUAAAGAAAUCUCUGAAAUGAAAAACAUCAUAAAGAACCAUAUGCAUCUUCUUUGCAACACAGCAAUCUAGCAAUAGAGAGUCACCAGUGAUACACAUCUUCAAAUCUAAUUAAGGACAGGCUGCUGUUGCAAAAGAACCUUGAAUAAUAAGGAUUAUUAAACCAUAAAAUUUUAUAUUGGGAUCAAUGAAAUAUUAUUGAAUUAAAUUAAACUGAACCAAAUUGAACAAAUGUGCUUGAUGUGUGUCGGACGUCGGAACUCAGAUCAAGAAAUUAAGCCUCCCCCUCAAGGUUGCAACCCAGAAAAUGAAAAGCAGAGGGUUAAUCAAUUGUUGUGAUGCUACUGCUAAAAAAAUAUAUACACUUAUAACAACAUGUGUUUUUCAUGUUUCAAUUCAAACUCUAAAAUGAAUAUGAUUUCAAAUAAAUAUUGUGCAGCAUGGACGCCACAGAUUUAAUUGCUCCGAUGAGCUUCUUUCAAUACAUUCCGUAUGCAUGGGAGUCGACUCAAAUACUAGAUAUUGGGUGGAAGGUAAGAUGAGGCUUGUUGGAGAGCUUUGGAAUUCCCAGUCUGAAUUUGGACCUCAGGGACAUUUCUCAGAAACUCUGACUUCAAAGUAUACAUAAAAAACCACCUAGAUAAUUGUUAGUGUAAAUAAAACAAAGGAACAAUGCAGCAGAAAACCUCUGCUUUUCAAAACACCAGGGCUUUACAAUCGAAGCAACAUGCAUAAUUAUUAAAAAAAAAUAAAUUAUAUUGCUAACAUUCUUGAUUGAUGUAGAAUGUUUUGCAUUUUAUUAUUGCUGGUUAAUCAGCUGCAUCUUUGACAAGUGUUUCUCAUUUUUACCACUGGAAAACAUUUGAAACUAUUUUUGAAUGUACUGAAUUGUCUCAGUCAAUAUUUUAGCAGCCUAUUUUUCCUUCAAGGCUUCUAAUAAAUUAAAAAUAUUCAAAGCUUAUAACAUUAGCAUCCUGUUUUCAAAAAUCAAGCACUUUGUUUUUAUUCCGUCAGUCAUUAUGACGUUCUGUAUCUGGGCUGCUGUGUAAUCUUAUUGUCAUGAUCCAAAGUCCAACUGUUGCAACAACGUGCUGCAACUUCAACAGCGGAAACCACUGAAAAGGAUUUCUCAGGAUAAGGAUUUUUUAAACUACGGACUACGAACUAAACAAGGAUGACAGCUCACAAGAGCAGGAACUGAUCCACUGCUACAACAGCAUGGUGAAGAGAGUCCUAGUAGCCUACGCCCUGUGGGCGAUGGGUGGGCCUUUGGGUCUUCACCAUCUCUACUUAGGAAGAGACAGCCAUGCUCUGCUGUGGAUGCUAACUCUGGGAGGUUUUGGCUUUGGCUGGGCAAGAGAGUUCAUACGUAUUCCAGCUUACGUCAGCGAGGCUAAUCGAGAUACAGAAAAAGAAAGAUGGCCGCGCAAAGAAGGACUCCCACCUGCCAGCCCCGUCAGAUUUGCUGGGCAGGUGUGUGUUGGGAUCUACUUUGGCAUGGUGGCUCUCAUUGGACUAAACUCCCUCAGUUUCUUCUACUUGAUCGUUCUGCCCCUAAGCGUGGGCGCAGGGGUUCACUUGGUGUCCAAUGUUGGUCAACAGACUGCCGAUCUCCAAAAAACCCUCACUGCCUGUCUUGUGACAUCACCGAUAUUCUACGGCAGCUCUCUCUCACCUCUUCCUAUAAGCUUGGCUGCUAGCAUCACUGCUGCACAGCACCGCAGGUUCAAACCUCCGAAAGCCCCUGGCAGCCAGCAGAAACUAGGUCCACGGCUUUACAGGAUUGGUCUAGCUUGGCUUGCCUUCUCCGCUCCACUGGGUUAUUGUUUUUUUUACAACACUACGGCCACACUGUAUUACCUGUCUGACUCAAUAGCUGCACUGCUGGAUAUUUUCUGGUUCCUGCCUUGGCUCAGAAGUGUGCUGGAAUACUUUCUUUUAAUGCCGUACCGCAUCCUGUGUGCACUGACUGGAGGGGGAUACCACGAAGAGGCUUGGAGGAAGGUGCUGGAAAUACUGCUGAAAGAGUACACACACAGAGAAAAAGAGGCGCUAAAGGUGUUGUCAUUGGAGACAGAGGCGUCUCUGGAGGAAAUAACUCGAAGCUACAGGGAGCUGGCCAAGACAUGGCAUCCAGACCACAACCCUAACAACGAUGCUGAGAAAAUGUUCAUGAAGGUCCAGGAAGCUUAUGAGGUCUUGAUGCGAUGGCACAAACCCCAGAGAUUCAAAUAGUAGUGCUAUUUUUCUUACAGACUGGCAAUCAUUGAGUUUCAUUUAAAAAAAAAAAGAACUGUUUAUGGGUACGUGACAAAUCAUUUGUACAGAGAUGUAUGUCUUGUUUAUUGAGCAUCUCUCAUUUGCAGUUCCUACAAUAAAUCUUCAGUUGGUUUCAGAUACAUUUUGCAGGGUUUGCAGGACAUGUUAUGUUGGUAUGCAUUUCGAGUUGAGUGCUCCUUGUUUGUUUGUUUGGAAGAUACAUCAUCAUCACCAUCAUCAAUCCUUGUGGACUGAUGGAACAAGAAAAGUGUCUAAAAUAUCAAUGUCCACUGUUGCAUUUGCUGCCAUCCAGGGAAAUUGACCUGUCUCUACAUCGUCCAUGCGUUUGGAAAUUUGGUUGUUUUUGUUUUUAUUAGGCAGGCAGCUUCACAUGUUCCACUGGAUUGGGAUGGCACCAAACACCAUUCUGCCUUCAUCUUCAUGUUGUACAUGCAGAUUCACAUUUGGGCCUUUUUCUGCAUGUAAAUCCCAUUUCAUCCUCAUUAUUUCUUUCAGUUCUGUGUUCUGAAAGGAAGCGUGCUUUGAAAUCUACCUUGAUGGGUUUUUUUUUAUUAUUAUUUAAUUUUUAGAACUUUCCGAUUUGGUAAGAUUUAGGCUGUAGGUAAAAUUAAAUGAGAAAACUCAACCCUUUUUUCCACACCUUGUGUUCUUUUGCCUUUCCUCCUACACCCAAAACCAUGCAUGUUAUGUUAAUUGCAGGUUCUAAAUUGAACUAAGGUAUGAAUGCAUGUAUGAAUGGCUGUUUCUGACACCUGUCUCUAUUAUGGCCCUGAAAAGGACUUGUCACUCGUAAACGUUGUAGUCUGUAUGUCUACUAUUGCCCAGCAGACAUAGAAACCAGCUGCCCUGUGACACUGAACCUAACAUAAAGCAAUUAUAGACAAUAAAUGGAUGGAUACAUUUUUCAUCUGGCAUGAUCUCUUGAUAGAAUUAUGUUUCCUGUCAGUCAGAGAGAUGCAACACCUAGUAUGGCCUCCUAUCAUUCUCUUUUAACUUCACACUCAUUUGAAGACUUAUAUACUUGUGCAGGUAUUGGUUUCAGAAGUGCAAAAGAUAAGAUAAUUCUUUAAUUCUAUUGUUUCGCUGGGUGAUUUAAAAAUGUUUUCUCUAUUAGAUUUUAAAAGAGUAUAGAGCAGAAAUGUCAGAUCAAUUAUUUGGAGCUAUGUUUGUACAAAGCCAUGCUGUUUAAAUGUAUUUUUGUAAUUAAUAUUUCUCUCAAAACCUGAACAUCAUCCAAUUCAUAACAGAAUUGUACUAUGCCUAAUGCAAUAGAAUUUUACACCUGUUUGAUUGCGCCAAAAACAACAAUUUGCUGCCAUCUUGUGGUACAAAUGUAAUAUUAAAAUAAACAACGUCAUUACUAAUUUUUACCGGCUGUCAUAAUCAUGUAUCAGCAGGUACUAUAUAUGUUUAAUUAUAAGUGUUUAUAAUUAUCAAGACAAGUGCAAAUAAUAAAAAUAAUAAUACACAUUUCGGGCUUUUACGUAAAACUUGUUGCUGGUUUGUUAGACUGAUGCUGCUCGAGAACACACAUUCUCGCUGGGAUUGUGUAAUUUCUACGAGCCCAUGUUGUUAUGAAACUAUAAACGUCAACAUAUUGUUUGUGUCUUAUGUGUGUAUCGAUGCAUUCGACAAUCACUGGAUCAACAGCUCUGUCUGUAUCCCAGCAUGGGCCCGGAAGUUGUUUGGGUUUCAGGUGAAAAAAAAAAGACGAAAAAAAGAAAGAAGGGAAGACAGAAAGAG